AUGCUUGAACCCCCACAGGAUCCGAACCCAUGGUCUCCAUCUCCCCAGUCACCCUCUCACACCCAGGUCUCCACCUCCCCAGUCACCCUCUCACACCCAGGUCCCCACCUCCCCAGUCACCCUCUCACAUCCAGGUCUCCACCUCCCCAGUCACCCUCUCACACCCAGGUCUCCAUCUCCCCAGUCACCCUCUCACACCCAGGUCUCCACCUCCCCAGUCACCCUCUCACAUCCAGAUCUCCACCUCCCCAGUCACCCUCUCACAUCCAGGUCUCCACCUCCCCAGUCACCCUCUCACACCCAGGUCUCCACCUCCCCAGUCACCCUCUCACACCCAGGUCUCCACCUCCCCAGUCACCCUCUCACACCCAGGUCUCCACCUCCCCAGUCACCCUCUCACACCCAGGUCCCCACCUCCCCAGUCACCCUCUCACAUCCAGGUCUCCACCUCCCCAGUCACCCUCUCACACCCAGGUCUCCAUCUCCCCAGUCACCCUCUCACACCCAGGUCUCCACCUCCCCAGUCACCCUCUCACACCCAGGUCUCCACCUCCCCAGUCACCCUCUCACACCCAGGUCUCCACCUCCCCAGUCACCCUCUCACACCCAGGUCUCCACCUCCCCAGUCACCCUCUCACAUCCAGGUCUCCACCUCCCCAGUCACCCUCUCACACCCAGGUCUCCACCUCCCCAGUCACCCUCUCACACCCAGGUCUCCACCUCCCCAGUCACCCUCUCACACCCAGGUCCCCACCUCCCCAGUCACCCUCUCACAUCCAGGUCUCCACCUCCCCAGUCACCCUCUCACACCCAGGUCUCCAUCUCCCCAGUCACCCUCUCACACCCAGGUCUCCACCUCCCCAGUCACCCUCUCACACCCAGGUCUCCACCUCCCCAGUCACCCUCUCACACCCAGGUCUCCACCUCCCCAGUCACCCUCUCACACCCAGGUCUCCACCUCCCCAGUCACCCUCUCACAUCCAGGUCUCCACCUCCCCAGUCACCCUCUCACACCCAGGUCUCCAUCUCCCCAGUCACCCUCUCACACCCAGGUCUCCACCUCCCCAGUCACCCUCUCACAUCCAGAUCUCCACCUCCCCAGUCACCCUCUCACAUCCAGGUCUCCACCUCCCCAGUCACCCUCUCACAUCCAGGUCUCCACCUCCCCAGUCACCCUCUCACACCCAGGUCUCCACCUCCCCAGUCACCCUCUCACACCCAGGUCUCCACCUCCCCAGUCACCCUCUCACACCCAGGUCUCCACCUCCCCAGUCACCCUCUCACACCCAGGUCUCCACCUCCCCAGUCACCCUCUCACAUCCAGGUCUCCACCUCCCCAGUCACCCUCUCACACCCAGGUCUCCACCUCCCCAGUCACCCUCUCACACCCAGGUCUCCAUCUCCCCAGUCACCCUCUCACACCCAGGUCUCCACCUCCCCAGUCACCCUCUCACACCCAGGUCUCCACCUCCCCAGUCACCCUCUCACACCCAGGUCUCCACCUCCCCAGUCACCCUCUCACAUCCAGGUCUCCACCUCCCCAGUCACCCUCUCACACCCAGGUCUCCAUCUCCCCAGUCACCCUCUCACACCCAGGUCUCCACCUCCCCAGUCAGUCACCCUCUCACACCCAGGUCUCCAUCUCCCCAGUCACCCUCUCACACCCAGGUCUCCAUCUCCCCAGUCACCCUCUCACACCCAGGUCUCCAUCACCCCAGUCACCCUCUCACACCCAGGUCUCCACCUCCCCAGUCACCCUCUCACAUCCAGGUCUCCACCUCCCCAGUCACCCUCUCACACCCAGGUCUCCAUCUCCCCAGUCACCCUCUCACACCCAGGUCUCCACCUCCCCAGUCACCCUCUCACACCCAGGUCUCCAUCCCGCCCGCCCGCACUUAUUCUACACUGGUCUUUCACUUCGUGCUGUCUUAG